GACAUUCCCGGGUACAUGCCGGGGAGCCGCGGCACCGCGGCGUCGAACCGGCUCUCGUAUGCCCGCAACCCGCUCCUCGGCAGUCCCAGCCAACGCGAGAGUGCGCUGGGCACUGCGCUGCUCGACUCGCCGCCGGCUGGGACAACCGCACUCUCCACGUUCUUCAACCUCAUAAACAACUACGUCGGAAUGGUGCUCCUCUCGAUGCACUUCACCUUUGCGCGCAGCGGCUGGCUCGCGCUGCCCGUGCUCUUUGGGCUCACAGCAUUCGGAGCCUUCACGGGUGAUUGCAUCAUACUCUGCUACCAGACGCUCGAGGCGCGCAACCCGACCCGCCCGCCGUCGUAUGCUGAGAUUGCGACGCAAGCGCUUGGUGGAUGCGGCAAGUGGCUCACGAUCGUCUCCUCCCUGAUCGAAGUCUUCGUCGCCAACAUAUGCAUGCUAAUCAUCAUUUGGCAGAACGUCGCCCUGCUGCUGCCUAGCGUGUCCUACUCGUGGGUGAUUAUUGGCUGCGUGGCCGCCUCCUUCCCCACAAACUGGCUGCGCGACUUCUCGCUGCUUUCUAUGCUCUCCUCCUUUGCUCUUCUCUCCAUCAUGCUCAUUCUCGCUGUCGUCGUCUACGACGUCGCUGCAGACGAGCACGCGACAGAUCGCACGCUGGUCGAGCCGUCGGGAUUGUUCAUGAGCAGUUCAAUCAUGCUCGCCGGCUUGACUGGCCAUGUAGGGCUGCCGCCGAUGUACUCAGAGAUGAAGGACCCCUCGCUGUUCCGCCCGACGAUGUACGCCGCCUUUCUGGUCAUGUUCUUGAUGUAUGCCGUCGCUGGGGUCGGCGGCUACUUGCUCUACGGCGCCGAAGGCCACGUGCUGAUCACAGAGGAUAUGGCGGCAGCGGGCACGAGCAUCUUCUCAAAGGUGCUCACGACGCUCGUCCUCGGCUCGAUCACCUUCAAGCUGUUUUGCGGCGUGCCGAUGGGUGUGCUCAUUCUGGUGGAGAUUGUGCAGGACCUGUACCAGGAGAGGACGGGCACCACCUUCUCCGAGGCGGUCGCCUUCCCAAUGCGCGUCGCCACCUGGGCGGGCACGAUCGUCGUCGCGAUCGGCAUCCUGCCCUACCUCGAGUACGUCACCGCCCUCAUCGGCAUCAACUCUCUUCUCAUCUCGGUGCUCCUCCCGCUCAUCUUCUUCCUUGUGCUGCACCGCAAGACUCUCGGAGGAGUGACCUUCGGAGGGCUUAGCGUCCUGCUUGUGCUGACGUUCAUUGCAACGGUGAUCAUCAGCAUUGCAGACGUGCAAGACUUCCUCGCGAAAUUCGCAGGAACAAGGUAGAUCGCCGCAGAAGCAGGAGCGACGUACGCAAGCACCGGAAACGACCACGGCAGACCGUUUUUCGUUUUUCGUUUUCAAGAGUCAGAGGGAGAC